AUGGAGAAUGGACAAUGUACUCAUUGCUCACCUAGUGGAAGUCGCUGGUCGUUGGUGGUGGAGGCUGUGGUGGCUGGUUGGAGGCUAUGGUCACUGGUGGUAGAGGCUGUGAUCGCUGGUGAUGGAGCUCGUUGGAGGCUGUGGUCGCUGGUGGUGGAGGCUGUGGCCGCUGUUAGGGCAAAUAUGGAGAAUGGACAAUGUACUCAUUGCUCACCUAGUGGAAGUCGCUGGUCGUUGGUGGUGGAGGCUGUGGUGGCUGGUUGGAGGCUAUGGUCACUGGUGGUAGAGGCUGUGAUCGCUGGUGAUGGAGCUCGUUGGAGGCUGUGGUCGCUGGUGGUGGAGGCUGUGGCCGCUGGUUGGAGCUCGUCAGAGUGUUGUCCGACUGAGAGUGGUUGA